GAAAUGAAUGCCGCGCCGGUAAAGUCCUUUGAAUGCAAACGAAGAGAGAUGCUCCAGUCCAGGUACUGUCCUGAUCGAUUCUGUACAUGUUUUCGUCAGUGAUUGUCCGCUAGCGCUCAGGUCAAGCGAGGGUUCACGUGUUGAGCUGAGCUCAUGAGGUAGAUCUACCUCUAGCUCUUGCGGCAUUCGCGACGUUCUUGGUCGGUCGGAUAAGACCUACUCCAGCAGCAGGAGCAGGGUCGCUGAGUUAGAAAUCAGGCAACACGUGGGUGAUCUGGCGCGACGCAGGAGGAGGUAUUAGUGGAUUACCCGAGGCCAGGAGGCUGUCGUAGGCGACCAAGAUAGCGAGUUUGGCGCGUAAUCACAAGCCUACAGCUCAGAAGCGAUGUCCAGCAACUAUGGCAGUGGCGGGUCGAGAGAUGAAACUGAUUCAGGACAGGAUGUCCGCGUUGUGGUAGUGAUUCUCUUGCCUGUCACCAAUACUGGUCUCUUGCCUGACACCAAUAAAGAGGGCUAUUUCAAAGUCGAUCAACCGGACCCUAACAAGCCAAUGUGCCUCAUGUUCCAGAAGGGCACAUCUUACCCCGUGGAUUUAAAGGAUCAAAAUGUGUUCGUCAUCCGAAAAGUAUCGUUUGUCAAUAACCUAUGGGGAUAUACUAUAGAGCUGGCUUCCAACGACACCAACGUAAGCGACAGAAAAUUCGCCAUGUGUCACAAGUCACCGGAACCUACACAGGUGACGUUUGAAAAGAUUACGAUGGCCGGUCAAAAUGGUAAAAAUCACAUCUGGAACAUCAUAACGAUCCCGAAUGCUACAACUUCCACAGCACGUAAGUGGUGUCACAUCAGGUCAUCCUCUGAUGGGUCUGAUUCAAGUGAUAUUCGGUACAUGGUUUUUGCCCCUGGACGCCAUAUUGUGUUGGAUGGAAAAGCUGGAAGAUCACAGCAAGGCUCCCAAAAAGUGGUAAUGUACUGGUCUACCUUCGAAUUGCUACGGGCACCGAUAUGAUGCUGUGCGAGUUUCUAAUUCGCAGCUGUCUGGAAAUCAUCCCCUUUCAGGCAGGCCUUGGAUUGGGCUGAGCUCUACGUGUUCACGUCGACACCAUCAGUAGCUACCUUUUCAUAUCAUCAUUGCAGCUGGACAUCACUCAACAUUUCUGUAAAUAUAUUAUUUAGAACAAAACAAUACUUGAAUCUACCCAUUGUUAUUGAAAGGCGUUGAACUUUUGCCGGUUUUGGUCAGCACUGUAAAUAAUACGAGAAUGGUGCGGUUGUUUUGGAGACAAGUGCUCCAUUCAAUACAGCAACAAGAAGGACGAAUUGCGUACUGGCUUUUAAACUCUAAUGUUUUAUAUUCAUCACUCUACAAUUAGCGUAGUGUAGCACCUUAGGUGCUAGUUUUCAUCCGCUUUUGAAACUGCAAUUUUCUUUCGUUUGGUUUUAGCCUUUUAGUGAUGGAAACCACUGAUGAUUUUCACGAGAAAACAACUAUGGGUACUCUGGAUCA